AUGGACACCGAUAGAUCCGAUUCGGACGAUUCCAAAAUGAAGACAAACGAGUACAAUGCCCCACCUCAUGAAGACAGGGGAAAGAAGAUCAGAUAUACUUACCAGAGCUCUGAAGAUGGAUCGGAUGGAGAUCAGACGGCCAGAAUGCCGGCCGAUGUGAAUGAGCGACCCUCCGGCGAAUCGGAGAGGAUCUCAGCAAGCGAGUGUACUCCGCCCGACAAAGAUCCGGAUCCGGUGACCAUCGGUGAUAUCCUAAACAAUCGCUAUCAUGCUAUAAAGAAACUGGGCUCGGGCCACUUUUCCACCGUCUGGCUGUGCUUCGACUGCACCGCGGAGCGCUACUGUGCUGUCAAGGUGGUCAAAUCGGCGGAAACCUACAUGGAAACCGCUCGCGACGAGAUCCGUCUACUGUGCGCCAUGGACGAGUUCGAAGGCCAUCCGCUGAGAAAGCGCAUCGUAGAGUUCAUUGAUCAUUUUUACAUGACCGUAUCGCAUUGCACCCAUCUCUGCCUGGUGUUCGAAGUGCUCGGUGACAAUCUAUUCACCCUGAUCCAGAAGUCUCGCUUCAGUGGUCUGCCCAUAAAAAAUGUGAAGCAAAUAGCCAAGCAGGUCCUCGAGGGCCUGUACUUUUUGCACAACAAGUGCCACAUAAUCCACACCGAUUUGAAGCCGGAGAACGUGCUCGUGGUGAACAGCGAUGCGGCCGUCCGGGGACAGGUCAACCAGACCAUCAAUAGAUUUCUGAAGGCCCAGUCUAAGCUUAGGAAAUCUGGACAUGGCUCUGCACGCGGCAGCCUGAGUGACCGGGAGAGGAAUCGCUGUCGCAAUCCGGACUGCAUCAAGCUGACCAAGACGGCCAAGAGGAAGCAGCGGGCGCGGGUCAAGAGGCUGGUUACCUUCUUCCAUGGCCAUCGCCGUUGGCUCCGCCUCGAGGCCAUCGAUGAUCUUCUGUCCCUGGCCAAACAGGGCCAACUUUCGCGUGACACCGCUGCCAUGGGCGUCACUGGCAAGCUGACCUUCAUGCCCUUUAACUUCGACGGGCUGCAGAUCCUUGACGAACACCAGGUGGAGUAUAUAGAGAAUAUCCCCAUCGUUGAACGGGUGGGCGAUAUGCCAGCGGAGCCUCCUAACCGCGACCCCAAUGGUGGACCUAAUGGCGUUCGUAAUGUCGAUAGGCGUUCCCGCGCACGCCGCAGAGAAGACAGAGAGGAAGAUAGCGAUAGUGAAGUGGUCGGCAGUUACGACGAGGAGCCGGAGGAAUGCGUUGACCCCGUGGGCCUUCUGAUCCACAGCCCGAAGAAUUUUAUGCAGUAUGCCCUAAAGAAAGCCAUGGCUUCGGAUCGCGCACAGUCUCCCCAUCAUCAGCCUACUAGGCGCAGCGUCAGGCGGGGCUCAACUAGCCAUCAAAGGCGAAGGAAAAAAACAGGAUCGGUAGUACCGAAUCCGGCUAAGAACGAGGCCUACAUGAAGCGGAAAAGGGAGGCCAAUUUGUUGGCUUACCUUCAGGGCAAGGACCCGGCCACCGAGUUCUGUGAGGUGAAUGUGAAGAUUGCCGACAUGGGCAAUGGCUGUUGGUUCCAUCACCACUUCGCCGACGACAUACAGACCCGAGAGUACAGGGCCGUGGAGGUGAUCCUUGGGGCCGGCUACAGCGAGACCGCGGACAUUUGGAGUGCUGCCUGCUUGUUCUGGGAAAUGGUCACCGGCGAUUAUCUGUUUACACUCAAGAAGCCUCGCGGACGGGCCAGCCUGGAUGAGACCCACAUUGCCGCCAUUAUCGAGACUUGUGGAGCCCUUCCCCGUAGCGUGGUCGAGAGUGGCGAAUACUCGUCGGAGAUCUUCAAGUCUAAUGGCCAGCUUCGGCACAUCAAACACUUGAAGACCCGCAAACUGACCAGUACCCUGGUGAACCAGUACGGCUGGCCGCGCCACGAGGCCCGACACUUUGUCUGCUUCAUCAGACCCAUGUUGGACACGGAUCCGCACCAACGCAUUUCUGCCCGGGAUGCCCUGAACAACUGUUGGUUGUCCUUGGGAGGCUGCGAUUGCUGUAAGGACAAGCCCAAGCCGCGUAGGGGUCGUGGUCGCGAGCACAUGGGGUCCAGCGAGGACGAAUCGCGUCCUGGUACACCAGAUCCCAGGUCGAGCAACGACAAUCCAAACGAACACCAGGUCCUUUACUAG